AUGAAGGCCUCCAAGCACUCGCGGCAGCCGAGCGACUCGGCCACCACGUCCCGGCGGCGCGAAGCACAAACCCGCAACACAAUCGCGCAGGCGCAGGCCUACCAGCAGCGGCUCUCCCACAGCAGCGCGGCCGCGACGUACUACGCCAUGCCCGGCACCGCCGAGCAGGACGUCUACGAAGCGUACCACGCCAGCACCUCUGUCCUGCCCCAGCAGCAGCAGCAGUACUCCCAAUACGGGCAGCCACCGCAAGCGGAGCUGUCGCGCCGCAGCGGCAGCUGGUCGCUGCCAGACGAGCAGCAGGCACAGGCGCAGUACCAGCAACCGGCGCCGCCGCCGCCGCCGCCGCAGAAGCAGCAGCAGCGGCUCCUCAAGCAGGCCGAGGCCAAGGCGCUCCUGGGAGCGCGGCACCGGCCCAGCAGCGGGGCGUGGACGGUGCACGACGACGAGCGGCUCAUCAUGGCGCGCAGCGACGGCCUCAACUGGAGCCAGAUCCAGGAGCAGUUCUUCCCGGGCAAGUCGUCCAACGCGUGCCGCAAGCGCCACGAGCGGCUGAUUGACAGCAAGGGCCGCGGCGGCGGCGGCGACGAGGCCGCGCGCAUGGAGCGCAUCGCCACCGAGUACGUGCAGAUGCGCGAGCGCCUGUGGCGCCCGCUGGCGGACCAGACGGGUGAGAAGUGGGCGUUUGUGGAACGAACGUGCCUCUCGUAUGGCCUCAAAAACUUGCAGGGCGCCGCCCGCGCUGCCAGCCGCCGUCAGCGCGCCGCCUUUGACCACCCCAACGCCGCCACCAUGGCCGCCAACGCCAUGGCCGCCGCGGCCGCGGCCGCCGGGUAUGACGACGACAGCGGCGUUUCUGGCAUCGGCCUGACGCCCGUAGACGAGGCAGCAGCGGGCGGCGGCGGUGCCACCCUGGCGUACGGUAGCAGCAGCAGCCCUGUCCCGCCGAGCCCGAGCCACAACCACCAACACCACCACCACCAGCAUGGCGGCAGCGGCAGCAGCAGCGACGAGAUGAUGACCAAUGCCGCGCAGUCCUUUGCGUCCAACACGACGACGACCACGUAUCUGGCGCACCCGCACACGCUCGCGCAGGCGCAUCUGCACCCGGCGGCCUACACCACGCUCAUGUACGGCGGCGCCGCCGCCGCCCAGUACCACCCGCAGCACGCGUACUCGUCGAGCAUCAGCUCCGAGGGCAGUCUGCACCCGGGCUAUGUUCCGCGGCGGGGGAAUGAGAGUGCUUGA